AUGGAAGACAUAAAGGAGGAGCUCGAUUUCUCACAAUCAGUGAUGGAAGGUUACUUCCAAAGCAUAUGGGGAUCGCUUGGUAUAGACAUAAUAGCACAUGUUAAUAGAGGAGUGUUUAUGGUGAGAUUCUAUAGCUUUGAAAGCAAAAUCAAAGUAAUUGAAGAUGGAGUCCAGAUGUUCGACAGAAAGCCAGUGGUGGUUAAACCUUGGAAUCCAGACAUGGAUUUGAAAAAGGAGUCGGUGGAUUUGAUCCCAAUGUGGAUUAGAUUUAUUGGACUGGAUAUAAAGUACUGGGGACAAACUGCUCUCACAAAACUGGCUGGACUUGUAGGGAAACCAUUAAAGGCAGAUCAAGCUACAACACAAAAAGAGAGGCUGAUAUAUGCCAGAGUUCUGGUUGAGGUUAAGCCUCAUCAGAAAUAUCCAAAUACAAUAAUGUUUGAGGAUGAGAAGGGCAGAAUAGUGGAGCAGGAGGAGGUUUAUAAAAGAAGAGAAAGAAAAGCAACAAACAAGCAAGAACUAAAAGAGCCAAAUGCAGUACAGAAUCAGACUCAAGUGGAAAAGAAAGCUACAAAUGUGCAGAACAAAGGGGAACAGGGACAAAUGCAACAUGAGAGUGGGCCAAUAAGCAAAGGUAAUAAGGGGACUGAGGUAGUACCCAUUGCAAAUAAAGUGGCAACCACAUCCAGAAAUUGGAAGAAUGUAGUAAGAGGGAAAGCAGGGGAAGGAAAACAACAGGAAAAUAUUAGAAUUGGGAACUCUUUUGCAACAUUAGGAGACCAUCAACAGGAGAAAACAGAAGAGGAAAAUGGGAAGGUGGUGGAGAACAGGACAAAAAAGGGGAAAGGGAGUGAAAUGGCCCUAGGAAAUGGGCAGGAUGGGGGCAAGCCCUCAUCCAAUGGAUUGAAUAGGCUUCUGGAACACCAGGGGAUUGAAUAG